ACAGUGACUACUCAAUUCUUCUAUAAAAACCUUCUCAAAGUAAUUUACUCUAUUUCCUUGUAAAUUAAUUGAAUUUUCUGUCUUCCAAAUUCAUGAAGAAGCAAGAUACAGGUAAAGAUCAGAAAGAUACAAAUUCCAGAGUAAUCAUCACUGUUUAUGUGGAAUCACCAAGAAAACGUUUGCAUCAAAAGACCAACCCAACCGGAAAACACAGGGGCUGCUACGAUCGUCGGUCUGAUCUUCUAGCCUAUUCUCGCCAGCUACGAAACGGUGGCUCACCGCGACGAAUCCGGCAGCCCGAAAGAAACUCACCGCUCACAUCUAAGAUGUGGAAAUGGUCAAGUUUGCCAGUGAGGAUUAAAGCGUCAUUUAGAAAGAUUUUUCGAAGAAGCAAAAGGCAAUUUAGGUAUGAGAGAAUCCCAUCAGAAGCUGGACAGUUCAGUAGAAGAAGAAAAAAGAGUUGGAGAAGACACAUUGCUUCAAGUUGCUGUAGGAAAAUGAAGGACGUGCUUAAGGAAAUAUCACGUGGGUUUGGUUGCCGGAAAUAAGUUUGGAAGCUGGAAAUGGAGUGAUGAUGUCUUCGAAUUUUUGAUUUAUAUGUUGAUUUACUUAAACAGUUAAGCUAAUGAGUCCGAUUCUUUUGAUCCAAAGAUCUUGGAUUUUUUGUUGUUUUUUUUUUGGAAGGUAGGAUUUUUAUUUGUGAUUUUGACUUUUUCUCCUGAAUUUAGAGUCUUGUGGAGCUAAAGAUUGAAUUCGGACACAGUCACAAACAAGAUCAUAUAAAAGCAGAAAAAAGUUCUU